AUGAGAUUUCGUUGCUUGUUCUUUAAGAGCGUUGUGCUCUUGGCUGCUUCCCAUGUAUCCCUUGCUGAUAAAGGAGACCCAAUCCCCUGUAGUGUAGCCUCAGAUUGCCAUGCCCUCCUCCAGUCUAGCUCUGCGUGUGUGGAUGGAUUCUGUACCAAUCCAUUCCGAGGUGGGUGCUUGAAGCAGCUCAAGGAGGGAUGGAACAAGACAAGGGCUUGUCACUCAGAGGAUACUGAGGAGAAUCUCCAGCACUGUACAAUCCCCGAAUUUGAGGAUGACUAUAUGGAGAUCCGUAUCUCUGCCCUCAAUUGGCAAUCCGCAUACUUCAAUGCCUGGAUCUUGCAGAUUCUGCUUUCAGAGCUUGUUGGUGUCCCAUCCACAAUCGAAACAGGGAAUGCAGCUGGCAACAUGGAUUUCUAUGAUGCCACCAGACCGAUGGAGCUAGGGGAUGCCCAUGACUGGGAAGGACUUCGUCGGGCACAAGAAGUGGGAGAUUGCCGUGUCUUGAAUCAUCUGGAGAUGACUAUCAGUCCUGCUCUCAUGUAG